CGUUGCCUAGUGAUAAGAAAGCAGAGCGUCUAGUGUCUCGACUGCCAUCUUCUGUAGACCGCUGCUCUGCAUCCCAAGCGAUUCGCGAAGGCGACUCGACGUCCUCAAAUAGCAUAGCGCGCGUGCGCGCCUGGCAAUUGUCUCUGCCCUCAUCUUGAAGACGCAACAAUGUUUUGUCUGCGAAGCUGGAUACCAGUGCUUUUCUUCUUAUUGCGAACUCAUGCGUCUCCCGUCUACCUUGUCCUCUUCAUAUCGGCUACGUACUUCCUGAACCGACCGUGCGUGUAUUGCUCGCUACUCCUUUUCAUUCUUGUCGUUGCGCUCUUCGACUUCCACACACCAUGGUUUGAUGCGCCGCUGUCGGACAGCGCGGAACUGGCGCUCAAUGGCACCGCGUCAGAAACAGCUGGAGUACUGGCACAAGCUGCGAACCAUACAGCACAAGUCGUGGUCAAGGCUGCGGUGGAAGGAGUAAAGGGAAAGAUUGGAUUGGGCCAGGCGAGCGACGCGCAGAGUUAUGAGUGGGUCAAGGGAUUGCUGGGGAAGAAGGAAUGGCGGAUUCAAUGUCUCGACGUGCUCAUCCGAGUCUGAGCAAAGAGCAGUGCAGCACGUGGCAGCCUACGUGUGGAAAUGCAAGUAUUUGUGCGGCGUUUUGUGGCCAGAGAGCUUGGUUGGUGUGGAAAAGGCAUCACUGCAUGACUAGGCGUGGAACUGAAGCAUUUGCAUGGCGCAACAGGGAUUACCACGAUACAAAACUACCAUUUACUACCAUUUUCCCGAGUCGCGUCUCCACAUGAUGUAUGAAUGAGUGCCGC